GGAAAUACUCCGCAUCUCAAUACACGCCCGUGGAGAGAGAAACCGUUAACUUUUCAGGACGGUGACCCUUUGUCAGAAGUGGGAAGAAGCGAUAGACUUGAGUCUGGUUUGUUAUUGUUGCUGCAAUCCUGUACUUAACGAGGCCCUUGUGGGACCUACAGACUGCCACAGGUGGAGUAGGAGGUAGUCGAUGUGACAGACAGCGGGGUACUGCGUUCCUUUUGCCACUUAUACUGCUUUUUUUUUGUGCCCAGCAAAGAAACCUGGCCCACCUCGUCCCAUCCUGCUGCCGAUGAACUGGCACAGUGGUUACAGCUUAGCAAAUGGAGUGAAGUAGCCAUGGGCAGUCUCAAUGAUCCAGAAGAUACAUACAUCGCAGUGAUUCGUCCUAAGAAUGCAGCUAGUUUGAAUUCUCGUGACUAUCGAACAAAGUCUUAUGAAAUUCUGCUGCUAGAAUUGCAAAAUGAAGGCAAUGAAAAAAAGAGGAAGAAAGUUUUGUUGCAAACAAAAUUGAAAAGAGAUGAAAAUAAAGGACAAGACAUACUCGAUUUUGUAGUUGAAACCACCAAGCUUACAUCUCCAAACAACCAAGGAAUCAAAGGUAAACGCGUGGUGCGGAUUAAAGAAUUCCCUGUUCAUGGAGAAAACACUAGCAGAUCAGCUUCACUUUACGUUGUACCAGCUGCAAUUAAAGAUAAUAGCAAGAUAUCCUAUUGCCUUGGAGUGCCAAGUUUUUACUGCUUCCAGGAUAUUAUGCGUGUGUGUAGUGAAACCAGCAGUCAUUUUUCUACCCUCAGUGCGAAAAUGUUGAUUGCAUUGGACAAAUGGCUGGCAGAGCAACACACCAUCUCCCAUGCCAUUCCGGGUCUUUUUAGGCCAUCUCCUCUUGACAGAAUCAAGUCUUGUGUUGCAAACCCUGCUUAUGUAAAUGAAAUGGAUCAAGGUGAAAACACGUUGCAUGUGGGCUAUACUGCUUUGGAAAUAAAAAGCAAAAUGAAGACACUGGAGAAGGCUGAUCUCUGUAUCUACAAUCCACUUUUUGGAUCUGAUUUGCAGUACACGAAUAGGGUAGAUAAAGUAGUCAUAAACCCAUAUUUUGGUCUGGGAGCUCCUGAUUAUUCCAAGAUACAGAUUCCAAAGCGUGAAAAAUGGCAACGCAGCAUGAGUAGUAUUAUGGAGGACAAGGAGCGACAAUGGGUGGAUGAUUUUCCCCUGCAUCGCAGUGCCUGUGAAGGUGAUACAGAGUUAUUGAGCAAACUACUGGAUAGUGGCUUUUCAGUUAAUCAGUUAGACAGUGAUCAUUGGGCUCCCAUUCAUUAUGCUUGUUGGUAUGGAAAAGUUGAAGCUACUCGAUUCCUAUUAGAAAAAGGAAAGUGUAAUCCCAAUCUUCUAAAUGGACAACUCAGCUCCCCUCUACAUUUUGCAGCUGGUGGAGGGCGUGCAGAGAUUGUGCAACUUCUGCUGCAGCAUCCAGAGAUUGAUCGGCAUAUUGUGGACCAGCAGGGCAAGACAUCAAUACAAGUCUGCAAAGAAAACAAACAGAAUGAUUGGGAAAAAACAUUACAACUUCUUACUGAUGCACUGAAUAAGCCAUACGAGAAAGUUAGGAUUUAUCGUACUGAUGGGUCAUACCGUGCUGUUGAACUGAGGCAUGGUAACAAUACAACAGUGCAGCAGAUUAUGGAAGGCAUGCGGCUUUCACAGGAAACACAACAGUACUUUACCAUCUGGAUCUGCUCUGAGAACCUCAGUUUGCAACUCAAGCCAUAUCAUAAAUCACUUCAGCACCUGCGAGACUGGCCGGAAAUUGUUAUGGAAUUAACAUGCCUUGAUCCUCAUUUGGAAAAGCCACAACUUUUCCUGCGUAGGGAUGUGCGACUUCAGCUAGAAAAUGAGAAGAAGGUGGACGAUCCAUUGGCUAUCCUCAUUCUAUUUGAUGAGGCACGUAGUAACCUGCUGAAAGGAUUAUAUCCGUGUGCUGACAGUCAGUUGAUAAUUUUGGCUGGUCUCCUCCUUCAAAUCAUCUAUGGAAAUUAUGACAGUAAAAAGCAUAAGCAAGGAUUCCUUAAUGAGGAAAAUCUCAAAUGUAUAUUACCAUGCACCAAGGUGAAAAGCAAGGGUCCACAUUGGAUUGGUAGGAUUCUACAGGAGUAUAAGGGCUUAAGCAGCCGUGAAGGGAUUAGUAAGGAGAUGCACCAUCUUCAACGACUCUUCCUGCAAAUUUGCUGGGAAUUUCCAACCUACGGAGCAGCCUUUUUCACAGGACAAAUAUAUACCAAGGCUAGCUCAAGUGGUCAUAAAGUUGUCAAGGUUUAUGUAGGUGUAAACACAAGAGGUCUGCAUUUGCUCAACAUGGAAACAAAGGCUUUGCUGAUUAGUCUUAAGUAUGGCUCCCUCAUGUGGCAGUUGGGUGAAGCAGAUGCCUACUUUCAAAUUCACAGUUUGGAAAAUAAAAUGAGCCUUGUUGUACACACAAAGCAGGCUGGUCUAAUUGUGAAGUUACUGAUGAAACUAAGUGGCCAGCUAAGUGUAAAUGAAAGAAAUUUGACAGAGAGACAUGGAUAUGGAUAACCAUUAAUUACCAGUAUGGCUUAUCUUGAGCAUGUAUUCUUGAUGUCCUAAUGUGUUUUGUUUAUAAGAAAUUAAGAACAAAAAUGCCAUUGUCACUGUGUAUUUUUGAAAAUGUAUAUUUGUAUGAUACUGAAGAAUCACAAAUACUGUAUUUCUUUUCUGUGUUACUUUAACAAAUGUUUCAUGUGUAUCAACUGUCUAUUAGAAUAUUUGCAUUACUUCAUUUUGUUAAAGAAAUAAACUUUAUUCUGAAAUUGGAACAAAUGCCACCCACAAAGUUUGCAUGUGAUGUAAUAGUUGAUUGUUAAAUACCUUUUUUAUACAAAGCAGUUUAGAAAUACACUCAGUAGCCACUUUGCUAGGUGCAUCUGUACCUAAUAACACAAAUAUCUAAUCAGUCAAUCUUGUGGCAGCAACUCACUGCAUAAAAGCAUGCAGAGAUGCUUGACGUUCAGUUGUUCAGAUUAAAUGUCCGAAUGGGGAAUAAUAUGACCUAAGUGAUUUUGACCAUGGAAUGAUUGCUGGUGCUAAGGCAGGAUGGUUUAAGUAUCUCAGGAACCAUUAAUCUCAUAGGAUUUUCACACACAACAGUCUCUAGAGUUUACAGUGAAUGGUUCAAAAAUAAACAAAAAACAUCCAGUAAGUUGCAGUUCAAUGGGUGAAAACGCCUUGUUUUGAGAGAAGUUGGAUGAGUACGGCCAGAUUGGUUCAAGCUGACAGGAAGGUAGCAAUAACUCAAGUUACCAUGCAUUACAAUGGUUGUGUGCAGAAGAGCAUCCCUAAAUGCACAAUACAUCAAUUCUUGAAGUAGAUGGGCUGCAACAGAAGACCACACAGGGUUCUAAGGUGUACCUAAUAAAGUGACCUCUGAGUGUAUAUUGUAAUUUUAAAGGCUUCAUGCAAUUAGUUAUAAAAUAAAAGAUGAGUUCAAAAAUGGUUUAUUAAUUAAUUCAUGUAUUACUGUUACAAAAAGUUAUUUUGAAAAAUACCAGAUUAAGUGCUAGAUCAAAUUUGUUAUGAAUUAGCUUUUUAAUUUAAUGGAUUGUUUAAAAAAGCCAAUAUAAUUUAGGGCUUUGCCUCAAUGUUUUAUAAUUAAAUUAUUUUAUUUGAAUAGCA